AUGAAACGUUUCGUCGGCUUCUCGGCGACUAAUUAUGAGAUCACUGAUCAGUUAGGACCAGGUUAUCUGGCCCAUGGUGUUAAGCGUGUUCCAAGCUUCGCUCGUGGUCUUCACCCAUUAUCAACUCCCGGGACAGGAGACGACCCAACGUUCGGUCUGUUCAUCCAUCUAUCUAUCUAUCUAUCUAUCUAUCUAUCUAUCUAUCUAUCUAUCUAUUUCGCUCUGUUUUUAAUAUCUAUCUAUCUAUCUUGGUCUGUUCAUAUCUAUCUAUCUAUCUAUCUAUCUAUCUAUCUAUCUAUCUCGGUCUGUUCAUAUCUAUCUAUCUAUCUAUCUCGGACUGUUCAUAUCUAUCUAUCUAUCUUGGUCUGUUCAUAUCUAUUUCGCUCUGUUUUUAAUAUCUAUCUAUCUAUCUUGGUCUGUUCAUAUCUAUCUAUCUAUCUAUCUAUCUAUCUAUCUAUCUAUCUCGGUCUGUUCAUAUCUAUCUAUCUAUCUCGGCCUGUUCAUAUCUAUCUAUCUAUCUAUCUUGGUCUGUUCAUAUCUAUCUAUCUCGGUCUGUUCAUAUCUAUCUAUCUAUCUAUCUAUCUAUCUAUCUAUCUAUCUAUCUAUCUAUCUCUGAUGAAAAACAUCGAUAUCAGCAAUAUUUAG